CUCUGAAGGACUGAUGUUUUUCGGUCACUACUACCCAGCUUGUCCUGAACCGGAUUUGACAAUGGGAAUCAGCAGCCACUCUGAUAGCAGCUUUCUCACUGUGCUUCUGCAAGACCAAAUCGGUGGUCUCCAAGUUCAAUGUGAUAAUCAUUGGGUUGAUGUUGAGCCCAACACUAGUGCUCUUGUGAUAAACAUGGGAGACUUGUUGCAGCUUAUCUCCAACGACGAAUUCAAAAGCUCUCAACACAGAGUUCUGACGAAGUCGAUAGGCCCAAGAGUUUCGGUGGCUUGUUUCCUGAGGCAGCAGCUGCCACCUGAGAACUCUAGGGUCUAUGGUCCGAUUAAGGAGCUGGUAACGGAAGAGAAUCCCCCAGUUUUCAGGAAAACUGCGGUGAAGGAAUUUGUUAAAUACUACUAUGCAAAAGGGCUUAAUGGGAUCUCCGCCCUUGAGCAUUUCAGACUCUGAGAUCUGACGAUGAAAGCAGUUCCGGUUAGAAGAACCAAUGAACAGGCACAUAUAUACGAGAAAGAAUAAAUAUCCUUUGGUAAUCAGGGACUUUUGGUCUCUGUAAUUUCCUAGCUUUGCACUUUCUACAAUAUCUUAUGCAAUCUCCAUGUAAAUAUUGUCAGGAAUUUGGAUGGAAGGAAACAGGUGAAUGAAUCACUCUCCUUAAAUCAUCUUCAAAGGGGAAGCUAAAAAAAACUAAAUUUUGGA